UUGAACUGAAGGCAGUGCGAGGAGAUCUCUCUCUCUCUCUCUCUCUCUCUCUCAGGAAAACCCGGUAAUUUUCCCGUCCCAAGAUCUUGUCCCUCACAAAAACCCUGUUAUCUGGAAAUGCCUUCAAACGGCGACGAACCGGAACCCAAAAACGGGGAGAAUCCGGAAUUUCCUAACGGAAGCGAGCCGGAUCUUCCUACAAAAGCCGAUCCGGAUCCUGCAGUUGAAGAAGAGACCGAGAUCAGAUCGAACGACGUGGAGAAACCCUCACCGUCUGAUGAGAUCGAGCGUUCUGAGAUCGGGAACGGCGAAGAAAAUCGGACUCUCACGAUGAGGGAGCUCUUGAAUGAGUUGAAGGAAGAGAAAUCGCCGGAACGAAAUGAGGCUUCUGAAGAGGGAGGGGGAUUGCGUAGGAGCACGGCCACUGCCUCCGACGGUGAAAGGCGGGAUGUGGGCUCCUCACAUAGUCAAGAAAGCCCACAACAACAGAAUGUAGGCCACGACAAUGUUGCCAUGAACUUGAUCAACAGUGUCACUGGCGUGGAUGAGGAAGGUCGUUCUCGCCAACGCAUUCUUGCUUUUGCUGCUAAAAGGUAUGCUAGUUCAAUAGAGAGAAAUCCUGAAGACUAUGAUGCGCUGUACAAUUGGGCUUUGGUUCUUCAGGAAAGUGCAGACAAUGUGGGUCCAGAAUCUAGUUCACCCUCAAAAGAUGCUUUGCUUGAGGAGGCUUGUAAAAAAUAUGAUGAAGCUACCCAACUUUGCCCUACUCUUCAUGAUGCCUUUUACAAUUGGGCUAUUGCUAUCUCCGAUCGAGCAAAAAUGCGUGGUCGUACUAAGGAGGCCGAAGAACUCUGGAAACAGGCCACAAAAAAUUACGAGAAAGCCGUUCAACUCAACUGGAACAGUCCUCAGGCACUUAAUAAUUGGGGACUUGCUCUGCAGGAACUCAGUGCUAUUGUUCCUGCCCGGGAAAAGCAGACUAUUGUAAGAACUGCAAUAAGUAAGUUCCGUGCAUCAAUCCAAUUGCAAUUUGAUUUCCAUCGAGCAAUCUACAACCUUGGCACAGUUCUGUAUGGGUUGGCAGAGGACACUUUAAGAAUUGGUAGGCCAGUUGAUGCAAAAGAAGUCUCCCCUAAUGAACUUUACAGUAAUUCAGCUAUAUAUAUCGCGGCUGCUCAUGCUUUGAAACCAAAUUACUCGGUUUAUCGCAGUGCCUUGAGGCUGGUCCGCUCUAUGCUACCUCUGCCCUAUUUUAAGGUGGGAUAUUUGACCGCACCACCUGCAGGGAAUCCAAUUGCACCUCACAGUGAUUGGAGAAGAUCCCAAUUUGUUUUGAAUCAUGAAGGACUUCAGCAGGUUAACAAGGUUGAAAGUCCUUCUGUUAGGUCAUAUACUGCAGCAUACAUCGGUAAAUCAGCUGUCAAAGUCGAUGUUCCAGACAUUGUUUCUGUAUCAGCAUGUGUAGAUCUUACCUUACCACCAGGUGCAGGACUCUGUAUUGAUACAAUUCAUGGACCAGUUUACUUGGUUGCCGACACAUGGGAAUCCCUGGACGGUUGGCUGGAUGCUAUUCGCCUUGUUUACACCAUCUUUGCACGUGGAAAGAGUGAUGUUCUUGCAGGUGUUAUAACUGGCUGAUUGACGAAUUGUUGAUGGGCAAUCACUUCUAUGGAGAUGAUACUGGGCCUACGCUGAUAUUGUUUGUUCAAAUAAAAGGACUGUAGAAUAUUCAUGUUUUGCAAUGUUCUUUUGAACUUUAUUAUCCUACCAUCAUUAUAAUUCGUUUCGAGUUAUUAGACUGGCAAUGUCUAGGUUUUUCUA